AACCCCCCCCCCCAACUUUUUUUUUCUCUGUCGCUCAAGCUCUCUGUUUACUUCUGAAAUUCAUUCUUCCACUAUCUCACACAGUGGCUAAUGAUCACUGUUUUUUUUCGUAGCUCUCUGUAACUCUCAAAUGUCUCUCACAUUGACCUUCCUGUCUCUUCCUUUUUCUGUCAAUCAGUGUCAGUGACUAAACGGCAACUUUCCAUGCGCACACACACCACGUAUUAUACACCCAGAUAAAUAUGCAGAAAUACGCUUAAAUAUAUUUAUCUACGUAGUGAAUUAGAUAAAACAAAUAGACAACAAAUACACGCAUACAUUCACAGACACACACAUAUAUAUAUAAAUAUAUAUAUAUAUAUAUUUCUUUUUUAAAACAGUAAACUAUAAAAAGUAGAAUUCCGAACACAAACACACCAGCAUUUUAUUCCUGUUCAGUCAUGAAAAACUCAGUCCACUCGGUGGAAGUUAUCGACGUUGAAAAACGUCGUUUCCCUGGUAAACAUUAUGUAUAUGUAAUUAAUGUUACAUGGAAUGAUGGAUCUACAAACAUUAUAUAUCGCCGUUACAGUGCCUUUGAUCGCCUGCAGUUAUCCCUCUUGGAGUUGUUUCCACAGGACAAUAAUGUAAUAAGCACUGAAGAGCAAACAUUGCCUGUACUGCCAGGAAAGAUAUUCUUUGGCCGCAGCCAUGUCAGAGAUGUUGCCCUCAAAAGACUUACCCCCUUAGAUAAUUACUGUAAGCUGCUCACUAAACUUGAACCCAAAAUUUCACAGUGCCAUGCAGUUCUAACAUUUUUCCAGUCAUCAGCAGAAGAUAUUGCUGCAGUGACACAAACCAAAAAGCAAGAUCUCAACACCAUAUCCACUCCACGAUUACUAGAGCAGUAUGUUGCAGUUUAUGACUUCACCAAGCAGAACAAAGAUGAGAUUGAUGUUACUGCUGGAGACACCCUUGAAGUCAUUGAGAAAUGUGAAGAUGGUUGGUGGCUGGUGAACAAAAACUCUGGACAAGGCUAUGUUCCUGGAAACUAUCUGAAGCGAUGUGACAGUCUGAAAGAUUCCAGGACUGUGGCAGAGAACUGUGGAGAGAAAUAUGUCUGUAUAGAAGCAUUUGAACCUGAGGGUCCUGAUGACCAUUCCUUGAGAGUUGGGGUAAUAGUGGAGCUCAUCCAGAAGAAUCUCGAUGGAUGGUGGUGGGUCAGCAUAAAUGAGAAAGCUGGUUGGGCUCCUGCCACAUGCCUUCAGUUGGCUGAAAGAAAUGUCCAAGACAGACUGGAUAAUCUUGCCUCUGGAACUGUAGAAACAGUCAACAACUUAUCUGAUGUGAGCAAUUUGCUCAAAAGUCCAGUGACUAGUGUUGGUGAUAGCCACAUUAUUUCUGUUGAUAUGGAUGCUAAACCAAAUGCCCCAAGUUACCAAAAUGACUAUGAAAGUGAUGAGUUUUCUGAUGACAAUGAUGAUUCGGAUGAGAAUGAUAGCCAUUAUAGCCGUAUCUAUGCUCCAGCUCCAAAACGCAGAAAUACUUUCAAGGACAUGAAAACUGCUUCAGCUAAGAUCUACGAAAAUCCAGAGAACGUCACUACAGAGAGGAACAUUAGUGCCAAUGCAAAAGUGGAAAGUGACAAAAAAUACCUGAACACUAUCCAUGACUCUCUUGAGCCUGACUCAGGGAAUGUAACAAGUUCUGUGAAGGAACAUGAAGCAGAUAAGAAUUUCACUGAUAAGCUUCAAUUAAAACUUAACCGUAACAGUGCUAACUUGAAUUCAGCUGGUAAAAAUAAUAGUGCAAUGCGACCAAAAUCUAUACCACCACCUCCUCCUAAACAUCCAGAUGCUAUGGCUCCUAAGAAAAAUAUUCCUACAAAAGUAGCAAAUGAGCCUGGAAGGAAAUCGCUAAAUCCUCCAAAACCACUGCUACACAAUAAUGCUCCUUCUUCUAGUGUUGAAACUGUAAAAGUGAUGCCAAAUGCAGCAAGUGAAUCAAACUUUACUGAUGAGCUUCAGUUUAAAUUGACCAAAUUAAAAUCCCAACAACAGGUGUCUAAACCAGACUCUGCUGCACCUGCCAGCACUCAAGCUCCAAAAUAUAAUGUAAGGCAGUCAAGUCUUAAGAAAUCACUUGUUCCAAAAGAGAAACCUACGCGAAUAUCACCACCACAACCAUCUCCAUUAUCAUUGCCUAGUGCACUAAAACAGAAACAAAACAGCUCAAAUAAUUUUCAACAUGACACUACUGAAUCAAAAGCGAGAGAAACUGAGUCAAAAGAGAAAGAUACUGUACGAUGUAGUGUAUCUAAACUUUCAGAUAAGAUUGCUAAAUUUCAGAAUCAGUGUGAAAACAAGGAUGCAAACAUAACGACAGGAAAUAAUCGAGGUCUGAAUUUGUUGAAACGGCAACAGGAAAAAUUUAAAUUGGAUGAUUCUAAUUUACAAGACAACAAAAAUGAAACAAGCUCAAAGCAUAUUACUCAUACAAAACAGCCAAGUCCUGCCAUACUUCAGAAACCACCAGUAUUCAGCAAAGCUGCUCUGAAACCCACAGUUAAGAGUUCUCAAGAGAGUUUCCCUCCUAAUCUGGGUCUUAAACCUAAAGUGCCAUUCACAAAGCCAAAGUUAAAUCAGAAUGUUACUCAAAGUAAUCCUCACACAAUUGUUUCAAAAUAUCCUCAGUUUCAAGCCCAGAAAACAGCACCUGUAUCAAAACCAGCGCCAGCACAAGUUGGUCAUAAGUUGACUCUUCAGCCACCAUCUACUCCAACAGAUAAGUCUGAUGGGAAAAUUGCAGAUAGUGCUGAAAUAAAGUACCAGGCUUCUCAUAGCUACGAGGCAGAAAAUGCUGAAGAGAUUAGCUUUGUCCGUGAUGAUUCCAUUGAAGUGUUGGAGAAAGAUGAGUCAGGUUGGUGGCUGGUGAGGGUUGGCACAGAACAAGGCUGGGCACCUUCAAAUUACAUUGAAGAAGUGAAACCAGUGAAUAGCCGGAAGUUAAAUCCUCCUAAGAAACCCCUUCCCAAACUAACACCAGGAAGCCAAGCCAAAAACACAACAUUGGAUUCCAGCAACAACAGUAAAUGUAAUAACACUUCAACUAGUUGCAGCGAGAAUGACAGUAAAAAUGACAGCAACAAAAAGGUUGGUAACGCUAGAAUCUUCAAUGACUGCCUGUAUAUAGUCUUGGAAGAUUUCAGUGCUUUCAGUGAUGAAGAGCUGUCAGUGGAGGAAGGAAUGUAUGUGAAUGUAAUAGAUAAUUCAAACAAUGAUUGGUGGUAUAUUUCACUUCACACUGGUGAAGAAGGAUGGGUUCCUGCAAACUGUAUAAGCACUGUACAUGAUGUCUGAAGAAAUAUGAUCUUUAGCAUUAUUGCACCUUGAAUUUUAGCUUGUGACUUGGCACAAACAGUCAAAUCAAACGAAACCUAUAUAUUUCAUUUUAUUCUUUACUUUCUGAGUUUACUUUGACUUUGGGAGUCAAUAAAAUAGCAGUAAUAUACUGGAGUUAAAUCUAUAAAAACUGACUGUGUGAAAAGUGAGAAAAAAAAUUGUUUUGAAUAUAUAUGCACAAGUUGUUUUGAAUAUAUAUGCACAAGUUCUAGCCAGUGACAUGAAGUGAUCUAUAUCAGUUACAUGCUUAAAGUAUAUGACCAGUUCCUAUAAAGAUUGUGCAGUAGUGUCAUAAUAUUAUUGUUGAUCACUGUGGAGCAGUAGGUAAACUCCCAGUGAUCCAAGUUAUAUUUCUCAGUUCUUUGAUGUUAAGGUUAUCAUAUGUCUGUUUCAAAAUUUGUCUCUUUGCCAUAAAGCUUUGUGGGAUAUAUGUAAAAAGGAGUAAAAAUUAAAUGAAAAUAAUGUAAAGUUAAAAUGUACACACACACACACACACAUGUGUAUGUCAACUUGUAUUUUAUGAGGCUGAAGAUAUUAAGUAGGACAGUAACUUGAGAUUCAUCAUUUGAAUUAUCAAAUUGUAAUGAAGUUUGAAUUUUUUUAUAAAUGGAGUUGGAUAAAGGAAUAAAGGAAGGAAUUUGAGUGUGAUGCAGAGAAAAUUGGGGGAAAGAGGAAAAGAGAGGGUGCAUAGUAAGAAGAAAGCUGGUAAGACAGUAAUGAUAGGCAAAUUUGAAAUAUUGAGAGUAAAAAUGGUUAAAAAUUAAUAGUAAAAAGGUUAUGCAAACUGGUAAGAGUUUAGAUUUGAUUAUAGGAGUGAACUGGAGGUAAAAUAUAUAGGAUAAAAAAUAAAAUAAAGUUUUGUUGGUAUAAAAUUUUAACUCGAGAAAAAUUCUAAUGAACAGAGAAAGGAAAAUUACUGUCUUUGACUAAAUUUAGUCAUUGAUUGAUUUAUUUGAUGUCAAGUUUUUAUGUAAGCAAUGAAACACUAUCUUUGAUUUACAGUUGAAGAGGGAUUGCUUGGAGAAUGAUAUUUCUUGUGAUUCAGUACUACAAUGCUGACACAACUUGUUAGUGAGAAGGUUUAAUAAAAUAUAUUUUCCAUUUUGA